GUUGCUGUCCUUCCCAGUCGUUUCCUCGCUUUCUCCCUCGUUGCACUUGGGUUCUUGGUCUGAAAAUUCUCGCGCCGAAGGGUCAACCAGCCCAAUCAGCUCGUCACCACCUGUCUCCUCCUGCUUCGAUCGCAAAACCACGUUACUGACACAGUACAGCUCCCUCUAUAAAACCUAGGGCCGUGUACAUAGUGCCCGUCCACCUUUCUGAUGACGUCUGCCUCCGCGCACAACGAUGAGAUGAGCAUUGCUACCUACACCGACGGGGAGGCCCGCGCAUCUGCACCCUUGUACCUGACGCACCAGUGCCGACCCAACUCCACCACUACGCACGCCUCGCGGCGGGUGCGCCGCAGCAAGAAGGUAUCGGUCCCUUGA